UAAUAUUUGUGUUUGUUAUUGCCGAUCAGGAAAAUAACAAAAUAAUAUUACAAAGAAGAGGUGAUUCAAAAAAGAAAAAGAUCAUCGAGGGCUCAAUUAAUUCAGAAGAAAUUAAACUGAAACGUUUGUCUCCAUAGACGACGUAGAGAUUACGCAACACGUGUCAGAGAUAUGAUAUCGUAUUCUUCGAAUUGGUGGUCGGAUGUGAAUGAGUCGCCGAUUUGGCAGGAUCGGAUCUUCUAUGUCCUCGCUAUUCUCUACGGACUCGUUUCCAUCCGCUCUGUGAUUCAACUUGUGAGAUUACAAUUACGAGUUCCAAAAUACGUCUGGACGACACAAAAGGUCUUUCACUUUCUCCAUUUCGUGGUGGGUGGAGUUAGGGCUGUGGUGUUUGUCUUCAGGCGGAAUGUGUGGAACAUGCAUUCACAGAUUAUGCAAUAUAUGUUGCUUGAUAUUCCAAGUCUUGGUUUCUUAACAACCUAUGCUGCUCUGAUUUUAUUCUGGGCUACAAUUUACCAUAACGCACGUUCGUUACCUACUGAUGGACUAAAGUCAAGCUUCUUGACGAUUAAUGCAAUUGUAUAUGUAGUUCAGAUAUCUCUUUGGUUGGUUUUGUGGUGGAAGCCUGUUGGAGUUAUGGUAAUCAUAUCUAAGAUGUUCUUAGCAGGUGCUUCAUUGUUCGUCGCCCUUGGAUUUUUACUUUAUGGUGGAAGGCUUUUCCUAAUGUUGCAUCGGUUUCCAGUAGAAUCUAAAGGACGUAGAAGAAAGAUGAAAGAGGUUGGUUUUGUGACAACCAUAUGCUUUACGUGUUUCCUCAUCCGAUGUAUCAUGAUGUGUGUUGCUGCUUUCUAUGAGGGAGCAAACCUUGAUGUGAUGGAUCAUCCAAUCCUUAAUCUCAUAUAUUACCUGUUGGUAGAGAUAUUACCGGCUUCUUUGGUUCUUUUCAUCUUGAGAGCCCUACCACCAAAACAAGACUGAGAUAUCACGCCAUACCGUCGUGUAUACGAAAGCUAAUGAUCAUACCAAUUUUAAUCCCAAAAUUCUCUAAAGAAUCUCAAGCUUUUUAUUUAUUUAUCUCAUUUCUAUGUAAGCUUCAAUAAUAUAAGCUUUUAAUUUGGUCUUGAUGGCCUUCUCCAUUUACGUGCUUUUGAAUAAAUGUGUUUGAUAAAUUGAUACAA